AUGUCGACACCAAUCACGAUUAACGGCGGGUUUAGCAUCGUGUCGUCACAAGACUCUGGGUCUCAGAGCACCCCGCUCUCGUCCUCUACACCUUUCCGGGCAAGCCCCGAUAACGCCCAGUCUCUGUCUCAAAGGCGUACGUCUGGCCAGAUAGGUCUUCAAAAGAGGAGGGCAUCAUCUUUUACAUCGGCCUCGUCGCCAUGGGCGAGACGUCGCAGCUUUUUGUCAACUUCCAUGAUGUCCAAUGAAAAACACUCGGUCUAUGAGAUGAGUUCACACUAUUAUGGCGCCAGUUCUUUACGGUCUGUUGGCGGUACCAGUAUUCCGUGCUACUCUAUGUCUUUACGGGAGUCUCAAGGCUUUAUAUGGAACCAGGACUUGUUUGCAUCGCAAUACCAGCAGGCGAGAGCACUUCUUCAUCAGGAUGACGACAGCGAUGAGGAAGAUACCCCCACCGCUUCCAGAAGUUACAGUUCCAGUCGCUACAGUGACACUUCUGGAAUAGGGAAAGUUGAGGUUGUGGAUAUUGUUUUGAGUGAUGGUGACUUCGAAGAGGAAGACGAAGAAGACGAGGAGAUUUUCAAGAGCGAUCAUCACCAGUGA